AUGAAUGACAUAGGUGCUGCUUUAGCAAAAACGGUUGAGGUUGAAAACGAUGGGGGGAAUCAAUUGAAUGUGAGUGACAUGGGUGAUGAUUUGGGUGAUGAACCAAUAGAUAUAGGUGACGAACCAACAGACAUGGGUGAUGAUCCGGGUGAUGAACCAACAGACAUAGCCUUUAUGGAAAGAUGGCAGCCAGAGACAAACACGUUUCAUCUACCAUUUGGUGAGAUGUCACCAACCUUAAAUGAUGUUAGUGUAAUUCUAGGGAUUCCAGUGAUUGGUAAAUCAGUCUCUUGCAAGAAGUUAUCAAAUGUUGACGUUGCAAAUUUGCUAGUCGAGGCUUUGGGAGUAACAACAAAUGAGGCAAAUUUAGCAUUGAAGGUAGCAUGGGGCCAGUCUAUAAAAGGCUGUACCUUAUUUGCAAACAAGACUGGCACACGUGUUCCAGUAGUGUAUUUGUCUUUUCUUAUGGAUUUGCGAUCGGUUGCUUCUUAUGCUUGGGGUGCAGCCACAUUGGCUUUUUUAUACUGGCAAUUGGGUACUGCCACAAGGUAUGUCGUGAAACAGAUGGCAGGAUACAUGACAUUGCUAGAAGCUUGGAUUUACGAGCAUUUUGUUGGUGCUAGACCCCACCCCAAUUUGGACUAUAAAGAAGAUCAGCCUCGUGUCUUUCGUUGGAUUUCUCGUACCCAAUUUGGUUCGUCAACGUCUAUUUUACAAAGGUUGCGAGAGGACCUCGAUAGAUUAGAGGCCCAUGAUGGUUUGAAUUUGUUUGAUAGUUUGUUUGUUUGA